GCUGGCGUGGAGUAAGGAUGGACGCUUGGGAAAUCUUUGGAGGGGGAUGAGAUGUGUGAGAACCCAGGGUGGAAGCCAGUGCAUUGGGUGCGUGGUUCUGCACUGGGAAUGCUGGCAGGCUUCUAGGAGCUGGGUUGAGUGACCUUGGGCUGGUGCCCUCACUUCCUGGAGGCUGUCUGGUCACCAGCCUAAGGACUGGAUGUGUUGAGUGCCUGGCAGAGGCUGAGUCUGCGCUAAGUGUCAGCUGUGACCACGAGAGGCUGAAUGGCGAGGCAGGCCGUUCUCCCGGCGCCGCCCGGGCAUGGCCAUGGCCCGUGACUCUCUCUUUAAAGUUUCAUUUUACUCCCUUCGUUUCGGAGGUCAGACAGGGCCUCAAAGUCAAAGGAUGCGAAGGGUACUCAGAGAAAGUGAGUCUUCUCUCAGCCUCUCCUCCAGCCGCCAGUGACGAUGAGUCAUGGCUGUUCCCUGGGCCGGGCCAAGGUGCAGAUGGAGCCAAACUCCAUCCACCCCCCACCGCCAGGGCCCCGCCGGCUGUGUGCCUAUAAGGGGGGCCCUUCUCCUGAGUGUCCAGAGGCACGCUGUGGGCGAGCAGGUGUGGAAGGAGGUGGAGGCAGGAGAGUGGGGGGCUUAUGAUGAAUUGAUCUUUUUUCCCCACCCCACCCCCAACUUUUCCGGGCCUGCUCCCCCGCCAGAGAGGAAGAUGGGGACCCAGCGCGCGCUCGCCUUCCUCCUGCUCUUCCUGGUCGCCUCGGGGGCCUCCGAGAACUCCAGCACGUCCCGGGGCUGCGGGCUGGACCUCCUCCCGCAGUACGUGUCCCUGUGCGACCUGGACACCAUCUGGGGCAUCGUGGUGGAGGCGGUGGCCGGCGCGGGCGCCCUGAUCACGCUGCUCCUGAUGCUCAUCCUGCUGGUGCGGCUGCCGUUCAUCAAGGACAAGGAGAAGAAGGACCCGGUGGGCCUGCACUUCCUCUUCCUGCUGGGGACGCUGGGCCUGUUCGGGCUGACCUUCGCCUUCAUCAUCCGCGAGGACGAGGCGCUGUGCGCGGUGCGCCGCUUCCUGUGGGGCGUGCUCUUCGCGCUCUGCUUCGCCUGCCUGCUGAGCCAGGCGUGGCGCGUGCGGCGGCUGGUGCGGCGCGGCAAGGGCCCGUCGGGCCGGCAGCUGGUGGGCCUGGCGCUGUGCCUGAUGCUCGUGCAGGUCAUCAUCGCGGCGGAGUGGCUGGUGCUCACGGUGCUGCGGGACGCCAGGCCGGCCUGCGCCUACGAGCCCAUGGACUUCGCCAUGGCGCUCAUCUACGACAUGGUGCUGCUGGCGGCCGCGCUGGGGCUGGCGCUCUUCACGCUGUGCGGCAAGUUCCAGAAGUGGAAGCAGAACGGCGCCUGCCUGCUGGUCACCGCCUUCCUGUCCGUGCUCAUCUGGGUGGCCUGGAUGACCAUGUACCUCUUCGGCAACGCCGAGCUGCGGCGGGGGGACGCCUGGGGCGACCCCACCCUGGCCAUCGCGCUCGUGGCCAGCGGCUGGGUCUUCGUCAUCUUCCACGCCAUCCCCGAGAUCCACUGCGCCAUCCUGCCCGCCCCGCAGGACAGCGCGCCCAACUACUUCGACACGCCGCAGCCGAGGAUGCGGGAGACGGCCUUCGAGGAGGACCUGCAGCUGCCGCGCACCUACAUGGAAAACAAAGCCUUCUCCAUGGACGAGCACAACGCAGCUCUCCGGACAGCAGGGUUCCGCAAUGGCAGUUUGGGAAACAGGCCCAGCGCUCCUUUCAGAAGCAACGUGUAUCAGCCAACUGAGAUGGCCGUUGUGCUGAACGGCGGGACCAUCCCAACUGCUCCACCAAGUUACACUGGAAGACACCUCUGGUGAAAGACUAAAAGAUCCAGAGAACUCUUACCGAUUUUAUUUCCUGGCUGUCUUUCUUGAGGGAGAAAUCAGUAACAGUAGCCGAACAAGGCCACCUCACAGCCAGGAGAUUUGGAAAUCCUAGACGAGGGGAUUUUGUAUAAAUGUGAACACUGCUGACCUGAAAAGCUAACACCGACUGCCCUCCCUGCUCCACGCACGCACGCACACGCGGGCGCGCACACACGCACAGUACCAAACCAACCUCAGUCCCCCAAAACUAGAGCAAAGCUAAUUGCAAAUAGUGUUAGGCUCACUCGGAACACGGCCAGGAAGACUGUUUCACCCUCGGAGGGUAGAGCAGAACCACGUUCCCAGCCGGUGUGCCGGGCUGCUGUGGUUGAACGUGGAGGUGCCCACGCCCCAUAGCAUCGCCCUCCUCAGGCCCCAGGCCUCUUGGAGAUGACUGUUGCCUUGAGGGGGACCCCGGGGGGCUCUUCCUCCUGCCUGCACAUUUCACAGGGGUCAGGAGGUUGUGGGUGUGAUUCCAAGGAGAGGCCCAAUUGAAUCAUGGGGUGAGCUUUCCAACCAGUAGCGGCGGAGGGAUGCUCUCCUGUGCCAAAGAGGAGGUGCUGUCUGGGAGUUGAAGUGACCAUCACAUUUAGAAAGUGGUGACCAACCACUGUUCCUUCUACGGGCCUGUGAACUAGUGUCUAUGGCAGGAAGUCAGGCCGGUUCCUUCCCUGGUGUUGCCAUAGCAACACUCCGGCUUGGGGUAGCAGUGUCUUCCCUCGGUCAUCUCCCUCCGAGCCCUCUCCCAGUUUCAUCCCCACUCAUUUCAAAGGCUCACAUGGGCCCCCAGCCCAAAGGCCCCGGGUUGGCAGGCGCCUGCGCAGGUCCCAGAUGGGGCACACACAGGGCAGGCCUGGUGCCCCCAGGAUGGAGGGCGCUGCUGCCCAGCGUGCAGUGAGUUCUUGGGCUUUAACGUUGAUGUCAUGACGUUCUGGGGCUUUCUUGCUGCGUUUAGAGGGAGUGGGAUACAUUUUUGACCUGGUGUUUUUCCUGCAAGUUCCAUGAGAAUGGUUUGACCCUUCCAAGCCCAUUGUUCCGCCAUGGUUUCCAUCUGUGCUCAGCCAGUCAUUCCUCGGUUCUUUGGCAUCUCCGCCGGCUCGCCCGCGCCUUUUCUGCACUGCUUGGCCAGCGUAGUCCCUGCCGAGUGGAAGCGGGGCCCCCCGGCAGCGUGGCCUGCACAAGGAGGGCGGGGCCGUCUGCACACACUCGAAUCACUAUACGCUUUUUUCUAUAAAACCCACAGGCCUUUAACCUUUUACAGAAAACGAGAAGGGUUAGUGUUUGGUGAGGGGGAGCUGACCUCUUCAUAAGCCAAUGUGUCCGAGCUGAGUAUGUUUAAUAAACCUUCUGACUUUUCUCGAGGCCUAGUCUCUGCUGUGUCCUGUCCUCGCCCGCCCGCCCCACCCUUGCAGAGCACUGGGGUAACCAGGCCACCGGCCAGCCCUGUGUGGCCCUCCUUCUGGUUUUCUGUCCUGCUAGCUCAUUUCUCGUCACCACGCAUGGGGAGGGGGAGCAUGGCAGCGGGGUGCCGCCUGCCCUGCCCAGAGCACGCGCCUGCUUCUAGAAGACCUAGGCCCAGGCCUCUGCGACAGGAGCGUCAGCGGGUGCACUGGAACUUGGGGUGGGAGGGAAAGAAGUCAGCGCCUGGGUGGGGGUGGAGGCAGUUGCAUGCAGACCCAGAAUUCUCAAAACAUAAAAAUCUUCGAACACCCGUGUCCAGGCCAGUGAGAACGGACUGCAUUACACAUUCUUGUGCCAGGAAACGGUCGCUCACCCCCGAUCCCUGGAGUCCUUCGGAGCUCCCUGAUCCCAUCUGUGACUUGGUCUGCAAGAGCUCCUUGCAGAAGAGAGUAAUUCACCACCAUUGUCUAGGUUCCUGGUGGCCCGGGCACGUGGGGUGCGCUCACAUCCACGGCUGCGGGGGAAUAUAGCCUUUCACCACCACACACGUGGAACCAGCUUCGUGUCACGGGGAGCCUCCCGUAAUGAGACCUUUUUUCUUCCUUUUCUUCUUAAACAUCUGAUAUUUAUUGUGCUCUGGGUUUCGUUUUAUUUUGGCUCUAAGAUCGAGAGUGGGCUGAAUGCCCUCCCGCUGGGAGCGGAGCUGGGGAGUGAAGGGAGAGCGCAGAGAACUGUUAUUUUUCUAACGAUUCACCAGAAGGGUACAAAGAGACAUCUUUGCCAACAGACUGGCAGCCAACUGCCCCCACAGAAGAAAGUUUAAAUACAAAAUUAAAUGGCACCUCUGUUUAAGAUCUGUUUAUGUCAAGGAGCCUUGCUGGGGAAGAUGAUCUGGAAGGGGAGCGACUGUGAUAAAAAUACCUAAUUGUAAGCACAAACCUUGCCAUGUCCGCUUAUUAAAACCACCCUGGGACUAUAACAGCCACUCUUGUCUCCCCCUUCAUGGAAAAUGGUGAUUAUAUGCUCGGUUUCUCCACUGGAGAUGGGGGGGCGGGCAGAUUGGAGAACUGGCAGGCAAGUUGGGAAGCUGCGUGUGUCCCCAGGGUCUCAGGUUCUAUGGUUGAAAGCUGGGUGCCAGUGCUUCCGGCACCGACUCCCUCGGGGACACUGGACAGCAUCCACGUAGGAUGGUCUCCCAGGCUGGCCAACGCUGAGUUGAACCCCAAGCUGAAAGGGAGCAUUGUGGCUUUUAUAGUGCAAUGAUGCAGUGAUUAUACCAGCUCACAGGCGUUCUCAGUGGGUGCUUUUUAUUAACUGAAAAGAACUAUGGCUCACUUUUGACAGGUAAUAUGUAUUUGUUAAAUGUAUUGAUGUGUGUUUUAUAAUGUGCCUUCAUCCUGCCCUGGCUGUCGCACACUUAUAAGAAAAAACCAUUAAAGAAAUUUCAAGACAACCAAUGCAUACUAAACAUGACUGUAUGUAAAUACUACAAAUUGAAAAGGUUGUAAAGCAUCGGCAGAUGGAUUUUAUUUUCAAAAUGCUGUUCUUAACACAAAAAUAAAGGCUUUACUAUUUA